CAAUGACCCCAAAUGAGAAGUUUGAGUUGAUUACUCGCAACUUGCAGGAGCAUCUUGGCGGUGAUAAGAUCAAGGAGGUUUUGGCCACUAGAGAUCUCAAAGUGUAUUGGGGAACUGCACCUACUGGUAAACCUCAUAUUGGCUAUUUUGUGCCCAUGACCAAAGUUGCCGACUUUCUCAAGGCUGGAUGUGAAGUCACUAUCUUGUUUGCAGACAUGCAUGCGUUUCUUGACAAUCAAAAGGCUCCGUGGGAUUUAUUGAAACUACGCACCAGCUACUAUGAAGCAACAAUCAAAUCCAUGUUGACUUCUAUUGGUGUUCCCAUCGAAAAACUCAAAUUUGUAGUGGGCACAUCCUAUCAGCUCAGCAAGGAGUAUUCGCUGGAUGUAUACCGACUUUUGUCCAUGACUACUGAGCACGCUGCCAAAAAGGCUGGUGCAGAAGUUGUCAAGCAAGUCGAAUCCCCUUUGCUAUCGGGUCUUGUUUACCCUUUGUUGCAAGCACUUGAUGAAGAGUAUCUAGGUGUCGAUGCUCAGUUUGGCGGUGUGGAUCAGCGCAAAAUCUUUACGUUUGCUGAAAAGUUUUUACCACAAUUAGGGUAUGCCAAGAGAGCACAUCUCAUGAACGUCAUGGUUGGUGGUCUCAGUGGAUCCAAGAUGAGUUCAUCUGAUCCCGAUUCAAAGGUGGAUUUGCUUGACGAGCCUGAUUCCGUUGUUGCCAAGCUGAAAAAGGCAUUUUGUGAAGAAGGAAAUGUGGAUGAUAAUCCUAUUCUAGCAUUUAUCAAAGCCGUCGUGUUUCCUGUCAACUCUCUUACAAAUCCAUCUUAUACCUUUACAAUUGAGCGACCUGAAAAAUAUGGUGGAAAUGCCGAAUACAGCACUUAUACUCAUCUUGAGGAGGCUUUCCGUGAAAAAUUGGUUCAUCCUGGAGAUCUCAAAUCUGCUGCUGCCAAGGCCAUCAACUCUCUUUUGGAACCCAUUCGUGCCAACUUCCACAACAGUCCCGAACUGAAACAAAUGGCUAUUGAUGCCUAUCCUACUCCAAAAGCCAAGGUCGAGGCCGAGAUUUCUCGUGUUGAUAUUCGUGUUGGAAAGGUGAUUGAAGUAACAGCUCAUCCCGAACGUGACAAUCUUUAUGUUGAAAAAAUUGAUUUGGGAGAAGCAACGGGACCUCGUACUAUUGUCAGCGGACUGGCAAAAUAUCUCACCAAGGAAGAAUUUACUGGACGCCUUGUUCUUGUUGUGGCCAAUCUCAAGGCAUCUAAAUUUGCAGGUGUUUUAUCUGAAGGCAUGGUUCUUGCUGCUUCAAAUGCGGACAAGUCUGUUGUAGAGCUUCUUGAACCAAACGAGGAUAGCAAAAUUGGGGAGCAAGUUACGUUUGACGGAUUUACCUUUUCUCCCGAUCAGACACUCAAUCCCAAGCAUAAGGUGUUUGAAAAGUGCGCAGUGGAUUUCUUGACAACUGAGGAAUGUGUUGCUACUUACAAAAACAUACCAUUCAAGACAAGUCAAGGCCAAGUGACCGUGCAUUCUCUUCGCAAGGCCACGAUUAGUUAAGCUUGGGACGAAUCUGAUCUGCAAUAAAUACGAUUUCUUUUAUAUUC